ACAUUCCACACUUCUAGACACGUCCAAUUCAUCGCUUUCCGAUCUCCUCCAGUUCAUCUCAGCUUCGAGCCUUCCAUCGCACCACGAGACUUUCGAGAAGUCUCUUCCAAGCGACAAGAUUGAACCAAAAUAAUUCUUGGGACGGUCUCAAGUCGGCAACAUGCCUUUCACCAAGCUCGUCAAGAACUCCCCUUACUACUCUCGCUUCCAGACCAAGUACAAGCGUAGACGGGCCGGCAAGACCGACUACUAUGCUCGUAAGCGAUUGAUCAGCCAGGCCAAGAACAAGUACAACGCCCCCAAGUACCGCCUUGUCGUCCGCUUCACCAACCGAGAUAUCAUCUGCCAAUUGGUUACUGCGGAGAUCACGGGCGACAAGGUCUUUGUUGCCGCCUACUCGCACGAGCUCAAGAGAUAUGGUAUCAGCAAUGGCUUGACCAACUGGUCUGCCGCAUAUGCUACUGGCUUGCUGUUGGCCCGCCGUGCUCUCACGAAGUUGAAGCUGGAUGAGCAGUUCACGGGUGUGGAUGAGCCGGAUGGAGAAUACAAGCUCACCGAAGCUGCUGAGGAGGACGGAGAGGAACGUCGUCCCUUCAAGUGCUUCCUUGAUGUGGGUCUGCACCGUACCUCUACGGGCGCCCGUGUCUUCGGUGCGAUGAAGGGAGCAUCUGACGGCGGGUUGUACAUCCCCCACAACGAGAAGCGAUUCCCGGGCUACGACCAAGAAAGCAAGGAACUGGACAGCGACCUCCUGCGCAAGUACAUCUUCGGCGGUCAUGUGGCCGAGUACAUGGAAACUCUGGCAGAUGAUGACGAAGAGCGCUACAAGUCUCAAUUCGUGAAGUACAUCGAUGCCGAGAUCGAGGCGGAUGGACUUGAGGAUAUGUACACCGAGGCCCACUCUGCUAUCCGCGAGGAUCCUUUCAAGAAGGACGAAGAUGAAGGCGACAAGAAGUCCAAGGAGGAGUGGAAGGCAGAGGGCAAGAAAUACAAGGUUUCCAAGAUGUCCAAGGAGGAGAAGGACCGCCGAGUCAAGGAGAAAAUUGCGACUCUUGCUUCCUGAGUGCAUUGACCGUGGCAGCGGAAAAAGGAGUUAAUUCGGCACUGUUGAGAAGGGCUCAUAUGAGGGUUGUUGAUGACUUGGAGUCAGGAGAUGCGGGACCACAAUGUGUGGCAUUCGCCAAAAGACUCAACCGAACCGUACUGUGUAGAUGCCCGUGAUGAGCCUGGGACGGAGUUCCUUCCACGAAAUCUGAUGCCUGGCUUGCUAGAGGCCAUCUGAGAUGACGAGAAGGUACAGAUAGUCAUGGAUCAGAAGAAUGUCGAUCCAAGCUACUUUGACACCGCAGCAAUCUGCCGAAUUUGUUGCGGGAAUAGACUGCGGGCAUCCCAAGUAAUAAUCCCAUGUAAUUUGCC